AUGACCGAAUCAGAACUUUCUUCUAAGUUAAAGCAAAACCAAUUAGAUCGUAUUCUUUAUGACAUAGAUGUUGUGGCGGUGUGGAAACCCGAUGAUGAAACAACGUUAGAUCAAGACUCUGAUUCUCAAGUUAACUCUUUCGCAAAUGCUAAUGGCGAUCCAUCUUAUUCUCAGCUACCGAAACGUGUGUUUAAACAAGUUACACAUCGGCUAGCGCGUAGUCUUGAAGGACUGGCCAUUUCUACAACUGUUCCUCCUGCUCUCAUACAGGCACGUCCCAAAGUGACAAGCGAAUGGCUUAUGCAACUUUCUCCAGACGGAGAAUAUUUAGCAGUUUUACAAGAGCAUAAGAUCGAAUUUAAAACUAGUGAAAGUCGAUUUGAAAAAAAUCACGCGAUUUUUUAUUCAAAGAGAGACACAUUUCCAUCAUGGAGGCGAUUAGCUUGGAGUCCAGAUUCUAAAAUUUUAGCUGCCACGAGAAGCGAUGGAACAAUAGAAAUCAUUAACGAAGAUGGACAGAUAAUAUGUGUAAUCCUUUCUACUUCUAACUCUGAUGUAGAAAGUGACACUCAGACUGGGGCAAGUUUUUUUCUUGAACCUGUGGCUUUCUUAUCAUUUGUGGAUCCUAAACGUGGAUCGAAUAAACCCUUUAAAUUUGAAGGUCAAGUUUAUCAAUAUGAAUUAAUAGUUGUCACUUAUGAUAGUGUAUUACGUAGUUAUUUACUUAAUACUCCAGAAACGGCAACUAUUGAUGGAUACGAAUCAAUUUCUCGACGUUCAAAAGUUACUGCAACUUAUUCUCGUGAAGGAGCUUCUGAUCCUGGAUUCUUUGUAUUUUAUCAUAAAUUUUAUUUUAAACAAUGGUUAAUUACUGUGGUUUGCGGUACUGUUAUAACAAAGAAAGGAUUAUUACUUUGUCUUGGAGGAAAACCUAACAAUGAAAAUGAAGAUGGAAAAACUACAUCUUCAGUUGAAUGUUGGAUGUUAUUACAAGAUAGACCUUUUUAUCGAAAACUUGAACUAGAAGGAGCUACGGACGUGACUAAUGAUGAUAUAUUAAAUUUAAGUCAUGCGGAUGAUACAAGUUUCUUUUCUCGGAUAAAAAAUAUUUUCUCAAUCUGGCGUAAAGUAGGCGAAAAUUUUACCGAUGAGAUUGUUCAUAGUAUGAUCCUUUCAUCCAAUCAAGAUUAUUUAUUAACUUUGGAUUUUUCUGGUUCAGUUAAUCUUUGGAAUGUAUCCGCAUCAAAGGGAGUUGUAAUUGAACAAUCUUGGAGUCAAUCAAAUUUAAAUUACUUUGCUAGGGGUAAGGAAUAUAAGGAAUUGUCUUUUGAUGAAUUCCAAGAAAAAUUUUUAGAAAUUGAAAAUAACGGAGGUGACUUGUCAGGUACUCCCGGAUUAGAUAAUGGAAAGAUCUUGUCAAUUGGUUGGUGGUCAGACAACGCACUUGUUUUUGGUUACCAAAGUGGUUCAGUUAUUAUUGCUAGACUUCCUGAUAUGGUGAAUAUAUUAGGUGAUUCUCCUGAAGUUUUCAAAUCAUGUCUCGAAAUUGUAAAUCAAUAUAACUGUUUCUUAGUUAUUGAACAUGAGGUUAAAUUAAUUCGUGCGCGUGUUCAUGGUGAUAAUAUAAUAUCAUAUUCAAGAGCUCAAGAAGAAGGUGAAACAGAAGAUGAUGGAUUUGAAGAAUCACAACUUCCAUUAAGUAGAUUAAUAUCCGCAAUCACCAAUUCAUUACAUUAUGUAACUGACACAUUUUUAUGGCAUUUUGAAAGUGAUUUGUCAAACGUACGUGGUAGAUUUGUUACAAUUUCAAAAAGAACAUUUCGACUUAAUCGUAUUUCUAAAAUUUCACCAGAAGAUUUGCUUUGUCGAAAAAUAGAUGCUCUUGAAUAUGAUGACGCAUUGUUAAUAGCUGAAACAUAUGAUCUUAAUACAGAUAUAAUCUAUAAAGCCUUAUGGCUCGAUGCUGAAAUAUCAGAAACUGCUAUUCACGAUUAUCUAGAUAAGAUUCAUAAUAGACAAUGGGUACUAUAUAACUGUUAUGAACGAAUUACCAAUUCCCCUGCUACGACUCGACUUUUAUUAACUUAUGGUCUGAACCAAACCGAUGUUUUAAACGAAAUUUUUGCCAAUGAAAACAUUGACAAUAAAGACUCACUAAUUCAAGCUCUCCGGGAACAUCCAUUGGAAUUAGAUUCCGAUACGCAAGAUAUAUUGAAAGAAAUUCAACUGUCUGAGGAACUUACACUUACAUGCAGGUUUAGGCAUUAUUUCUUAAAGUAUUUAGAUAGACUUCGUACUUUUGAGGAUAUUAUAGAAGAAAAAAAAAAGAGAGACACAGAGAGUUAUACCAUAGAUUUGAUAGAAGAAAAUACCAAUCUGAUAACAUUCAUUGAUUAUUAUUCAACAUUUGCUGAAGAUUAUGCUGUUUUUCGUGAUGUAAAUAUUGCCGCGCAAGCAAUGGAUUUUGCAGCAGAUGAAUUUUUCAAUGGAUUACGUUUCUUAUUCACUUAUCACAGUAAUGAAACGUUGCCGUAUCGUUUUACUAUUUUAGAACAGAUACCAGAGACUGCUGAUCCUGAAGCUUAUGAAUCUUUUUUGCCAAAUGUUGGUUUAACUGACAAAAAUGAAUUAUACGAAUGUUUAUGGCAAGUACAACCUUGGCGAAAAACAGACUGGGUUGAAAAUCCAAUUAUAAAACAACUAAUUUUUCCAGACGAACCAAAAGAAUUAGACUUUGAGGAUAUUCCAUUAAAGACUGCCGUUCAAUAUCCCGCACCAUCAUCUGUUAUCACUCAAUGGUAUAUUGAUCGUGCUCAUAAAAUAGAUAGCGCAUCAGGACAAGUAGAUAAAGCUCUUGCACUCAUUCGCUAUGGUAUAAAAAAGAAUGUGAAAAAUUUGGAGACUUUAGAAGAGGACUUGAAUAUGUUGUCCAAAUUGGUUUAUGAAUGUUAUCCGAUCUCGAAUAGAAGUGGUAGGUUUAUGAUGCUAGAAAAAUUUAGUGCAUUAACAGAAGCGGAAAUUGUACGAACUUUCUUGAAAAAUGAAGAAAGUAUUGUUGAGAAUGUUAAGAAAUAUAUUUUUCCUUUCUUGAAGUUGUUGCCUGCCCGUCAUGCUCGUAAAAAAUCCAAUCAAACAGAGGAAUCCUCCACGGAAAAUCUAAAUGUUCAAGAUCCUAUGGAUUUGUUAUAUAGUUAUAUUUUGGAUAUGUCUUCCACAAAUCUCCAAAUAUGUUGCUGUUUAUUUGAAGCUUCUAAACCUACACUGAACAUUGAAGAUCGUAUCAUAACUUCGGAUGAAGAUCUCACCAGAGUAAUUUUAGCUUGCUUAUAUGGAAACACAAAUAUGGAUCAAUUGGAAAUUAUGGCAAGAAUGUUUGAGUGCCUUCCAAUUUUCGAUGUGGAAAUCUCAGAAGAUAAAUGUAUUAAUAUAGAAAUUGAAUUAACUAAAAUUUCCACCUCACAUGAAUUUUUACGAAUAUUCAAAACAAAAAGUGUAAGUCAACUUCAAAGAUUCGUUGAUUAUCUAGAAAUUCAUUUAAAUGCAGCUGAAGUUUUGGCACGAUAUAAUAAUCCUGUGCCGUUACGCUGGUUUAUUCAAAGCGCAGACGAUUACGCAUUACAAAAACGAUUAUGUUUGCAAUUAUCUCGGAAAGCUAGUAAAGGUCCAGAAAAUGGUGAAGAACGUUUUGAAAGUGAUGAAGAAUGGAUUUUAUUAUUAGAAGAGAUGAAAAGCUUGCAAGGAAAUGGAAAAGGUGUUUUUGGUAAAAUUUCUGUUGAAGAAUUAUACAAAGACUUUAUUUCAGGAUUGUUGAGUUGUGGAAAAUUCCAACUAGCGCGAGAAAUCCUUUUACCAUUUGAUCAACCAAAUCCUUUAAGUAUUGAAGUUGCUGAACAAUUAGUUAUAGAUGCAUCUCGUGAAUUUUACGAUAAUGCAUCAUCUGAUUCAAUUAAAUCUGAACUUGAAUUUAUUGAGGCAACAUAUAUUUUAUCUGAAAAAAAGGUUUGUUAUCAACCAGGCAUUCCGAUACACCCCAUUCAAAUUCGCUCAUCACAAAAUCGAUUGGAGUUGGUGGAACGAUUGUUAUGCACUCAUGAGACAGCAUAUUGUGAUCCCAAAUCAAUUAUGGAACUUACAAAUAAAUUGGGCUAUAGAAAUGAUAAAGUUGCAGAGGUCAAAGUGUUAGGCAUGCUCGCAGAUUCUGCAUUACGGGAUAAUGAUUUCGAGAUCGCUCACCGGAUGUGCAAAGACUUGAUAAAUAUUGUAAGAACAAUUUCAAAAGGGAAAAAAGAAGAUUCAAUAUUAAAUAGUAUGAAUGAUGUCGCAUGGAGAAUAUGUUAUGAAGUUGCCAAACAAGAAAAUUAUGAUAAUUUAGAGCAAAAGAUGACUCUAAUGGGAUUUGCAUUAGCAAAGUGUCCCAGUGAUCAAACAGUUGAUAUUUUAAACUUAUGGCGAAAAAUGGAUGCACAAAAUCGAGAAGUGAAAAUUCUUAGAACAAAAGAAAAAACAUUAGAAAAAUUAAAAUCUGAAAAAAUCAAACCAGCCGUAGAACGUGUUGAAUCUGUAUUAAUGGCACCAUUAUUACAAGGAGAUCGUAUAAAAAAUUUUGUUAGCAGUUGGUUAUUUUAA